GCUCAACCAUAGUCUAAGCCGUCACCCAACAAACGUGUUAUAAUAUAAGCGUCAAUGUUCCCCCAAAAGGUCGCAUGUUUGCCCAGUAAACAGCUUGUCUGAAUGCUCUUCCACUAGCCUGUUACGUUGUGUGCUUGUUUGAUAGCCCGACUACUAAUGGUACACAGCCUUAAGGCCUACGCCCUAGUCUGUACUGGUUCGACCGGCUCACAACACAAGACACCACAACAUUUGAGGUUAAUCAACUGCCUCAUUAGUGAAUAAGGAUGUGGCUGCAGACAGGAACUCGGCAGAUUAGACUCGUCCAAGCUGCGUUUUGCUGCCGCUCGUUCGGGUCCAAACCUCGCGCGGAGGCGGCGGCACCGACACUGCAGGAGACGGCCGCGGACUGGAGCGGUCAGCCGCCGGCUCCUCUUCGGGGGAGACGGUUCCUGGUCGGCUCGGACAGCCCCGGCGUCCCGGAGGUCCUGUCGCCGCCCGGGGAGGGCUUCCCGCCCGUGUACGUCCCCGCGGACGGCGCGCGGUUCUCUCCCGAAGACUGGGCUGUCGCGGCCCGAGACGUCGUCAGGAGUGUCGUGGACGGAGGUGUCGGGGCGGCGCUGCUCCGCGGUCUGCCACUUCACACAGCCAAGGAUUUCUCAAGAUUUUUUAAUACUUCCGGUCUGAGGCCUAUGACGUAUGAGGGAGGAGCAGCGCUGAGAACCAACGUCACGGGUCACGUGGACACGGCGAGCAUAGAACAUCCUUCCAUCUCCAUGGAAACGCACAACGAGAUGGCGUACACACAUCCCUAUCCGGAGAAGAUUCUCUUCUUCUGCCUGGAGCCGGCAGAGCCUGGAUGCGGCGGAGAAAGUGUCAUGGCGGACGUGCGGCAGAUUCUCCGGAAACUCGAUCCGUCGGUCGUCGCCAAAUUCCGGAGUCUCGGCAUCCGGUAUCACCGUCACAUGCCGGAAAGUUCGGAAGCGUUUCACGGAUUCAACACGUGGAAAAGCAUUUUCCGCACGGACAGCAGGGAUGACGUAGAGCGGUACAUGACGUCACGCGGCAUGACGUGGCGCUGGGCUGAUGACGGGGCGCUCACCUGGUGGUACACCCGGCCGGCCAUGACGCUGUACAGAGGGGAAUGGCUAUGGUUCAACCAAGCUAACGUACUGAACGCAGACUACUUUACGUCACAUCCUGAGUACAGCAGCGACCGGCCCGCGCCUGCGCACUUGUCUCCCUUCCACACGUACUACGGGGACGGGUCAGACAUUGAACCGGAAGUACUACAGCACAUCCGGGACGUGACGUGGCAGGUUGCAGUCGGGUUCCAGAUGAAGAGAAGUGACGUGUUGGUUCUGAACAACAUGUACAUCCAACAUGGGCGCCUGGGCUACACGGGCAACAGGAAACUACUCGUGGCCUUGGCAAUGGAAAACGCAUAA